UAUAAUUUCCAUGUUUCCUUUAAAAUUAAGAUCGUGGAGCAUAAUAAAUUUGCAAAUUGAAGCCGAAGAAUCUCGAAAGAUGAUGGCUUUUCUUUGGAUUCCUUUCUUCAUCGCACUUCACUUCUCUAGCACUGUCGAAGCUUCUUCCUGUGCAGUCAAUGGAUUUCCGAUAGUCCGAAAUAUAAGUGAAAUUCCUCAGUAUAACUAUGGUAGGCAUGGUUUAUCUCACAUCACCGUUGCCGGUUCUGCAUUGCACGGUUUUAAGGAGAUUGAGGUUUGGCUUCAGACAUUUGCUCCGGGUGCUCGUACACCGAUUCAUCGGCAUUCAUGUGAGGAAAUCUUUGUUGUUCUGAAAGGGAGUGGCACAUUCUAUCUUGCCUCAAAUUCACACAAAAAUUAUCCGGGCAGUCCUCAGGAAUUUCCGAUUUUCAAGAAUAGUACAUUUUUUGUCCCUGUCAAUGAUGCUCAUCAGGUGUGGAACACGGAUGAACACGAGGAUUUGCAAGUUCUGGUUGUUAUAUCUAGACCGCCGGUUAAAGUGUUCAUAUACGAUGAUUGGAAUAUGCCGCACACAGCUACGAGGUUAAAGUUCCCCUACUACUGGGAUGAAGCUUGUUAUCAAACAUCUUCAACGAAAGAUGAGCUUUGAUCUUCGGUUGUGAGAUUUUAUUUCUUGAAAGUCUUGAAGUUUUGCCAAUUCGAAGCUCCGCAUACUGUAUAUUUCGGUCUUCUGUUGUAUCACACGCUGAGUACAGAUAGAUACUUGCAUAUGCUUAUAGAGCUUACAGUUACUACUGUUACAUUCCAA